AGGAUAAAUCAAGAUGAGCUAGUUCAUCAUACACCACAAGUGACUAAACAGAUCACAUGUAUAAAUGUCUCAAUUACAACUAAACUUUCAUAUAUUGACUUAGAAGACAAAGCCAUGUGAACUUCAAAUGCUUAUGUUUUCUUGGAAAUUUGGCAAACCUUAUCAAAUGUCUUCAGAACCACUUAUUUUAGAAGCCUUAGAUAGGUAUGCAUUCCAACACUCCAUUCAUCUAUAUAAAGGUACUUAACCACACAACUCAAUCAUCAGGUUCUCACAUUCUCUACUACCAAAUAUUUUGUGAAAUCUAAGAAAAACACACAAAGAAAGAUCAACAUGGCAUUUGGAUUAACUAGCUUUGUUCAAGGUAAGAAGGCUCUCCGAAGAUCACUUUCAGGCAUUAAAGAAGCAACUUUGAAGUGUUCAAGCAUUCCAAAAGGCUACUUUGCAGUCUAUGUUGGAGAAGAUCAGAAGAAGCGUCAUGUAGUACCUCUUUCGUACCUGAAUGAGCCUUCAUUUCAAGACUUGCUUAGUAUGGCUGAACAAGAAUUCGGAUAUGACCAUCCAAUGGGUGGACUCACAAUUCCUUGCAGUGAAGACAUCUUCAUUGAUAUCACAUCUCAGUUGAACUGAUGAUGUAAUUUGUAGUACUGACAUAGCUAGAUUCACACAAAACAAUUUUGUAGAUUACAUACUUUUACCCUUUCUCUUAGAAAAAGAAAGGGAAUUUUUUGACUAGUUGUGAAACUUGUUCAUAUUUCAUCUGAAUUCCAUUUUCCUUUCUGCUAUCUCAUUUUCUAAUCAGUGUCACUCUUUGCCAACUUCAAAGCUCAUUGGCCUAUAUUUGAGAAGAAUUAUCUAAAACAAUAACAUUACUUAAUCACAAACAUCACUAUUAACAUUUCUUAUACAUAUACAUUUAUAACUGAGAUUAUAAGUGCUUCCAAAAUGAAGAAAAAGUGAUAAUCAUUUUAGAGUUAAAUUUUCAUUGCAGGUACUUAACUGAUAUGAGAAAAAGUGACAUAUAAUAAGCCUUAAAAGAACAUACAAUUACAUCUAAAACUUUAUAAACAUUAAUAUUAGAUACUAAUCCCCUUCUUUCUGCAGAU